AUGCCCACACCUACGAUAGCUGAUUUCGAAAAAAUUGCACAAGAAUUUUAUGAAAAUUGGAAUUUUCCAAAUUGUGUUGGGAGUAUAGACGGCAAACAUAUUCGGAUAAAAUGUCCAAAAAAAUCCGGUAGUAUGUUCUUCAAUUAUAAACAGUUUUUCUCUAUUGUUUUGAUGGCUGUUGCAGACGCAAAUUAUAAAUUUAUUAUGAUUGACGUCGGAUCUUAUGGAAAAGAUAGCGAUCUAGGUAUAUUAUCAAAUUCAAAUAUUUUAAAACGUCUUGAAAAUAAAACUUUGAAGCUACCUUAUCCUAAAAAACUACCAAAUUCGAAAUUAAUUGGUCCAUAUACUUUCAUUGCUGAUGAAGCAUUUCUUUUGAGAACAUACAUGAUGCGACCAUACCCAAGAAGGUUACUAAAUGAUGAAAAUAAAAGUUACUUCAAUUAUAGACUAUCCAGAGCACGAAUGACAAUAGAAUGUGCUUUCGGUAUAGCAGCAGCAAAAUUUAGAAUUUUGCAGAAGUCUAUAGAGACAAAGGUAGACAAUGCUGAUCACAUUGUAAAAGCAAUAUGUAUGCUGCACAAUGUGAUUAUAGAUUUGGAAAAAAAAGGAGUAGCAAAUUAUAUGGACUCAGAUAUAUCAAACCAAAUUAAUAAUUUAUCCAGCGAUUUAGCAGUAAGUGUGAGAAAUAACAAAACAUCCAGAGCAGCAGAGAAUAUAAAUAGUAAUUUAAGCAUUUUUUUUUCCAAUAAUAAAUUGAUAAAUAAAUAA